GUUAUUCUCGAAUCUAGCACGACAGUGACGAGGACUGCCGAGUAUAGUGAAGCAUUUCCAGUACACAACGUGGCCAGACAUGAAACCACCCGAGAAACCAGUACUUGCUCAACUUCAUACUCUGAGCAAAACGAGGGACAGACCCUAAUACAUUGUAGGUAAACCAAGGUCUUAUGAGAAACAUCACCCUUAAGUGAAUCGAUAUUGUAGCUGGAGUUAUUUUUCAAAGCUUUCAAAAUAUCUCUUAAUGUACCACACCCUUCUGACCGAAACGGUGGGAAAAAACAAACAGCAGUUUGAAGCAUUCGUGGUUAAAAUCUACAUAGACGUGCAUGCGCUUCAAGAUGACAUAAAAAUGGAAUACUGGAGCAUUAACCCUUCAUUCACAUGUUCCCUUGUUUAUGUAUUCAAUUUUUUUCUACAUCUGUUUUUUAGUGCCGGCGUGGGCCGUACAGGGACGUACAUCUGCCUAGACUCCGUGCUGCAACAGAUGAACCAGGAAGGGCAGGUGGAUGUUCUCGGCUUCAUCUAUCGCAUGAGGCAAAAGCGCAUCAUGAUCGUACAUACUUCGGCGCAAUGCCAAUUCAUCUUUGAUGCCUUCCUCGCGGCAUCCCUGACUGGCGAAACAACCAACAAAAUAGCCAAUUUCCGACGACAGCUGACGACCAUGAAAAACGUGCAAGGUCGCUCCAAAGAAACAGGCACGGAGAAGCAACUCCGGUUUGCCUCAGACAUCUAAAUGCUGACGGUACGUUUGUUAACGAGCACAGAGCUUCGACACAGUUUCCCCAAAGGAGGGAAAGAGGCAGCCAUGUUAAACAGGUGGUACAUGUACUUUUUUUACUGGCGUUGGGUUAACUGCAAUUGGGUCGUCGUAACGAGCGGAGCAGGUCCGGCCACCUCCCCGGAGAAUGCGGCUAGGAAUCGGUUUCCAGAUUCCAUUUCAAGUGAGCGACAGAUAACUAUAAUUUGGGUGUUUUAAUUGGUUUGACUCUGCAGAGUAUGUGCGAAGGCAGAAACAUGAGAAAAGGCUAGGCCUAUUGAAGUGAAUGAAAGAUUUGCAGUUUGGACACAAAAUUUUCAGUCUGCCUGGAAAGAACCUGAAUUCGUCUUUGAGAAAAACAAAAGGGAUGAUUUCAGUUUUAAGUUCAAUAAUUUUUAGAUAUGAAUCGGAAAGUUAGAGGAUACCUAGUCUUUUCUUCAUAAUCACCAUGGUGUCAUACGAAUGCUUCCGAAGUGUGCUGUAAGUUGGAAUAUCUCCAGGCAUACAAUAAUGAAAUUUCAAGAACGUCAAAAGUUAAAGUACUGUAAUUUCUCAGCAUAGUGUUGGUAGCACGCAAUGCUUUGUCACAAUUUAUACAGUUGAUUCUUUGUCUAUAUGUUUUUUAUUAUUAUUGAUUUUUUUUCAAAUUUGUGUGAUUUGAGCAUGUGUUGUUACUGGCCAGAAGACAGGCCCAUCAGGUUGGGACCCCUGGUUGUGGAGCUACUGCAGACAAAACAGUACAAAGGUGUGAUUGGUCGCACGUUUCUCUGAGCCAUGUG